CCCCCCCCCCCCCCCUCUCUGUAGAGAGAUGUCGCCAUCUCUUCCACUUCCCUUCCUCUUCACAGUAGCCGUAGCUCUCACAUCUCCAGUAGCCUCCCAUUUCUCUUCUUCCACCUCCUCGCCGUUGCCGGAGUCAGCUCCGUCUCUUUCCGACUGGAGAUCUGCUCGGGCCACCUACUACGCCGCCUCCAAUCCUCGUGAUGCGGUCGGCGGAGCAUGUGGAUAUGGCGAUUUGGUGAAGGCAGGUUAUGGCAUGGCGACGGUGGGUCUCAGUGAGGCGCUGUUCGAACGUGGCCAGAUCUGUGGUGCUUGCUUUCAGCUCCGAUGCGUGGAGGACCUCCGGUGGUGUAUUCCUGGCACUUCUAUUAUUGUCACUGUUACUAAUUUCUGUGCACCUAAUUAUGGCUUCACGGCUGACGGUGGAGGCCGUUGUAAUCCUCCUAACAAGCAUUUUGUGCUCCCUAUUGAAGCGUUUGAGAAGAUCGCUAUCUGGAAGGCGGGAAACAUGCCUGUUCAGUAUCGGAGGAUCAAAUGUCGAAAGGAGGGGGGCGUUCGAUAUACGAUUUCUGGGUAUGGCAUCUACCUCUCAGUGUUGAUAAGCAACGUUGCAGGCGCCGGAGAUGUCAGUGCUGUAAAGAUCAAGGGCUCAAGAACUGGUUGGCUUUCGAUGGGUCGAAAUUGGGGUCAAAACUGGCACAUUAACGCCGAUUUGAACAAUCAGGCCCUGUCCUUUGAAGUCACUAGCAGUGACGGAGUAACAAUUACGUCCUACAAUGUUGCUCCAAAGAAUUGGAACUUCGGACAGACUUUUGAAGGCAAACAAUUUGAAUCUUGAAAUAUUUCCACCGUUGAAAUUUUGGUCUGUAAAAGUUCUAAAUCAGUUUACAUUCUCUCCAGUUAGGUAUAUACAACAAAAGGGUUUCGAGGGUUUUAGCCGAAGGGUAAUAGAAUUUGAUUUGGAUUUCUUCAUCAAGUGCACAAGAACAGGUCUCCUCUAAAUGAGAAUUUUGGAUAGUUUAGUGUUUGUGAAGGAUAAAUUAGACCUAGUUAAGGAUAGUUUUAUAUUGUAUUCUCCAUAAUUUAAUCCUCACGAGGGGUUUCACUUAGAAAUUAGAGGAACUAAUUAGGUCAAA